AUGGGAGAUGCGGAAUCUGCCUCCCUGGACGCCGACGCUCAUAUUCCCGGCCGCAGCCACGGGGAAACAUGCAUUGCAAAGGCGGCAGCCACACAGCAGCGCGUCUUGUGCAUUCCUCUUCCCUGUGGGGCGUUUGUCACAGUACACUUCAGCACAGUUCUAGGAAAGGGCAGCUACGGCAUCGUUUAUGCGGGAUCUGUCGACCGCAGUACGUGCCGCCACACGUCAGAGGGAGCCGGGAUUAUUAGAGGCCUGCAUUCAGAGCUCGCAGGCCCCCCCAAAGCAGCCGCAGCAGAAAGUUGCAGCAAGAGCAGCGCGAAGCCCCCCCAAGCAUGUCAAUACUGUUUUUCACACAGAACCAGGCAAGUGGCUGUAAAAGCCCUCCGACAUUCAUCCGAGAAGCAACAGCAAUUCUCCCUCCACCGAUUCAAGGUUUUGCAGCUUAUUCGGCUGCACCAGCUUCUCGCGGGCCGCCAAGAGGAGCCGGCUGACGCUGAAGGGAAGCGCAUUCGAGCACCCCUCUCCUCAAUUUCUGUAGACGGGAAUGAAGCUGCAGCCAGUGCAAGCAGUCAAAAAACCAACAUCUCGUCUGGGAGCAGCUCUUUGAGCCCCUCCCCCAUCAAAGACACGGAAAAAACUGCAGCGAUCGUUGCCGCCGCUGCAGAUGCGGCCAAUGGCCUCCUGAUAGCUACGGCAACACCAGUUUUUGAGGCUCAUGAGAACGGCCCCUGCUCAUGCUGCUCGUUUCUUCCCUUCCCGCGUUUUACUUCGUUGCAUCUACUGCAGGUGUUUGGGGUCUACGCGUGCAGUCGAGUGCCUAGGAAUUACUUGGUGAUGGAGAAGCUCUCUGGCCCCACACUAUUUGGUUACUUGUGCUCGAAGUAUGCACAUGUGCUCCCCAAGGAGUGGGAGGCUUGUCAGAUCGUUAUGCCCAUCCUCAAGGGACUCUGCUGCAUCCACGAAGCGGGAUUGAUUCACGGAGACAUUAAACUAGAAAACAUCAUGUUUCGCUUUGGAGUGCCACAUCCGUCCACGUUGACUCUGGUGGACUUAGACGGUCUUACACCUCUUCCACAGGCCGCAGCAAGGGCGGCAGAAGCGUAUUCGGUGGCUGCUGCUGCCAUUGUCGAACAACAAGGGACGGCGCAAAGGCUGAGAGUAGGAAAGACACAUAGCGUCUCCGGUCCGAUGGGAGAAUGGACGUCAGCAUCCCUAGAAGCAGUAACUGUCACCACUGCCUCCGACGAAGCUUUUGGGGUGUCUCACCCCUUACUCUCCUCUUUGCUAACUGGAGAAGCCAGCAGCCUGGAGGGCCUUUGUUGCACGCCACAGUACCUCCCUUUAGAAGUGGUUCGAGAGAAAAAGUUAUCUUUAUUCGCGGAUCUGCACGCUGUAGGCUGCAUCUGCUACCUGCUGAUGGAGGGGUGCUUUCCUCACGAACGAGUGAACCUGAACUGCGAGGGGAUUCUUAGCAGUGGCCAGCUGUGCCAGAAGCUCUCUCGUGACGUGCGAUAUCCCCGCAUCAAGCAGCAAUACUCCCCAGUGUGCGAGGACUUCAUGCGCAAACUCCUCAGCAGUGACUCCAAAUAUCGAUUCUUAACCGCAGCAGAAGUGCUUCAGCACCCCUGGAUCAGUUUUGCUCAGGGGCUGCAAACGCCCCAAGAGCUGCAGGAGGAAAAGCAGCUACUGCGCUCUGUGCUCGCUGCUGCUGGAGCAGCAGCAGAGCAAGCCUUUAAGACAGCAAAAAAAGCAGAAGAAUCUAUUCUGAAGCAGCUGGGAGCCGAGGCUUGUGCGGCUGCCGCAGGGGCUGCGGUCGCACGAGCUGCGCAGAUUGGGGCAGAAGCUGCACUGCAUGCGACAGCAGUAGCUGCCGCUAAAAAGGCCUUGGCAGAUAGAAAGGCGUACCAGGCAGCCGCGGCGGCAGCAGCAGCACCAGCGCGCGCGGAGAAAAUGAGAGCAGAGCAGGCUGCAGAAGAAUCGGCAGCAGCAGUUGUUGCUGUUGCAGACUGUCAUGCAGAGGGGGGUCUGGAGGCCAUGGAGGACGGCCUGCAGCUGCUGUUGACGCCGAAGGCUGGCAGUCUCCGUGAACACGGAGAAGGGUUCCUCGUCAAUUCUCACAAAGUUGCUUACCGGGGCGCCCGUUGGCAGUUGGGGGUCUCUGCGGAGCUCAAGCCUGCUCCAGCCGCAGUCAGUGAUGGCUGUGGGAACUUUUGCCAGUUCACAGCUGACGCACAAAAGCUACCUAAAGUCGUAGGUGAGCAAGAUGCAGUCUGUAGGCGUGUUCAAAUUGCUGGGACUGCCCUUAUUCUUCCUUUGCCUCGGAUACGAGGGCAGUUCUUCGGAAUUCAGAAGGGGCAGCAGAGGCGUGGCUCCCGUGCUGGAGAUGCGGGCGGAGCUGCGGCUUGCGGCAGCUUAACAGCCGGCUCCUCAGCCUUUGUGCUGAUGGAUCAGCAACAGAGAGCAUUCGCUAAGGCUAAGGCUGUUGACGCAGCAGCCAGACCUUCAAUUACUGGUGCUGCUAGGAGCAUG